CUUCGGGUACACUAUCGCUCAUCGAUGCCUCCGAAGCAACGCCUCUCAGAAACUGAAUUCAUCCGAAUUGCGACUCGGGAUGGCGUCUACCGGGAUUAGACUUCCUUCACAACGACGCCAUCGGGACCCGCAAUGUCGAUAGAACAACAUCUCCACAACACAGACGAUGUAACUAUGCAUGCUUACAUAUACCCUGGGAAGGAUACGGGGACUCGGAUCUAUUGACCUUUGUUGUGCUGCAAGACAUUUCGCAUCAUUUACGCUGCUCGAACUCAACGACCAACUCUUUUGACCGGAAAGAUACUUCUUAGCAACCACCAACAAUCAUUACACGGUUUCACACCAUGGUAUCCUGGAGCUGGCGGAGAAGAAGCGCAACAAAAUCGUUUCCGGUCGAUGAAGACGAACAAUACAAGUUCCAACAUAUCGAAGAAAAUAUAUCAGCCCCCGAAUUUCAAUCGGUAUUGUUGCUACGCGCCAUUCGCCAACCCUACGAAGCAACUGCCAGCUACGCAGUACCGGUACCACAACUUGAUUCUGAAAUGCUUGUCAUGGUGAAGGCUGUAGGGUUGAAUCCAAUUGACUGGAAAGCGCCCGAUUAUAACUUCGGCAUACCAACGCUUCCCUAUGUUGCGGGGCGAGAGUUUGUUGGCACUAUAAUACAAGUGUCUAAAACGCAUAAUUCGCGAUUGAAGGAAGGCGAUCUUGUUAUCGUUCCGUCAACUGACUAUCGCGACCUGCGAAAAGCUGCAUUCCAAGAAUACAGCAUUGCGUCUACGUUUAAUGCUAUUCGCGUGCCUCGACAGAUUUCAACAGCAUCUGCCAGCAUACUAGGUGUAGCAUUCGUUUCGGCAGCGUUAGCGCUAGGAAUAUGUAUGGGUGUAGGAUUUGAGAAAAUUGAGGAUGGACCAGAUCUCCUAAAAGUUGUGCGCAACAUCAACCCUGAAAGUCUACCUGUUGACAUGCGACAAGAAUGCCUUGAGGGAAUCGGAAACUACGAACAAGCCAAAGCCGAUGAUUUUCUCGUCAUCUGGGGUGGCAGUUCGACAUGUGCACAUGCCAUGAAGCAGAUUGCACGACUCGCAGGGUUGAGGAUUAUUUCUGUUGUUGACGGCGCAAAACAUGGUCUCCGGCUGUCAACUCAUACAACUGCCCGUCCAGAUCUACUUGUCGACUCCCAUGAUCCCGAAAGAGCCAUUGACAUUAUCAAGACAGCAACCAACAAUCGCGCUCGUUUUGGAUUCGAUACUAUAGGUAAAGAGACAGCUGGUCAUCUUUUGCGAGCCCUCGCCCCCCCAUCUUCAAACAUCACUUCUCUGCCCAAGGAUCAGCGUAAUACUGACCGCAAGGACUCUACACUUCCUACUCCUCCGUCGACGCCAUUGGUGGUUUCCCUUGAAUCACCACGCGCCCAUCUCGUUGGACUUACCGGACUGCCCAAAGGUGACUUACCCGAAGGACUAGCGUUACACAGCGUGCCAAUCAAGCUCUUUCAUGAGGUUCCGGAAGUUGGAGAAGCUCUUAGUGGAUGGUGCGAACGGCUACUCUUAAAGGGACUGUUUGUUCCGCCAGACGUUGUGGGAACAGUAGAUGGACUUACGGGUAUCAAUGAGGGACUCGAUAGGAUGAGGAGGCGGGAGAUUAGUGGGGGAAGGUUAGUCGCUGUGUUGCGGUAGAAUCCUUCAGACUCUUCGAGUAUAAAUUCACCGUGAUUCACUUUAAUCUUCAGCCAAGAGGUAUGCAGCUUCGUCGUGUUUGUAUGGUAUCAAAACGAUAGCCACCUUCACAGUUUCAUUCCGUUUAUGUACGUCAUCUUUUGAUAAUCAAGGAUCGAAGAAACAAAUACUACGCGGGUGCGGGUAACACCUGAG